ACAUGCCGCUGUGGGAGACAACAAAACCUCCAGAAUUACCCAAAGUGUACUCAAGAGCCACAGCCUGUAAGCACUCCCUUAAACCCUCGCCCCGAAAGAUGAGUCAAGUUUUGAGCGGUGGGUUGUUUUUCUUAGCAAGAGUCCUGGACCCCUUUGUGUGCGCGAGCGCCUUCUUGAGUUAGGGAGUCCUUCCUUUGGGUGACGGUGGGCUUGCGAGGAUCCCGGGGCAUUGAGCACACGCCGCACGGACCAGCAACCGGGAGCCGGUUCAAACGAGUGGGGCGUUAACGAAGAGCUGACCUUUGGACAAAGAAAAACCCAGGAGUGGGACGAGUAUCCCACGGUCCUAACCGGAUGACGCAGGCGCGACACAGGACAAGGCCCGCAGCUUCCGGCGCCAGCCCGCUGGGAAACUUUCAGCACCGCCUCCCCGCUCGUGAGCGCCGCUCGCGCCGGAGGCUCUAUGGUACCAACUUCCGCUGAGCGCCACUACUCGCGAGAAUUACGCGUCGCAGCAAUGGCGGGACCGUGAGUGCCGCUGACGGGACUCAAAGAGAACGGGCUAGAACGGGUUUGGGCCGAGAUCGGGCUACUGGGGUCCCUACGGGCAACUUUUCCCUGGAGGGCGUGGCAGCUGGGGUCGUGAAGCCACUCCGGGGUCCGGACGGCCGCCAGCGACCUAGCUCCCGCCUCUUCCCCAGAUGCCGCGCCACUGCUCGGCCGCCGGCUGCUGCACACGGGAUACGCGCGAGACGCGCAACCGCGGCAUCUCUUUCCACAGACUUCCCAAGAAGGACAAUCCGAGGCGUAGCCUGUGGCUGGCCAACUGUCAGCGGCUGGACCCCAGCGGCCAGGGCCUGUGGGACCCUGCCUCUGAGUACAUCUACUUCUGCUCCAAACAUUUCGAGGAGAACUGCUUUGAGCUGGUGGGAAUCAGUGGCUAUCACAGGCUGAAGGAAGGGGCAGUUCCCACCAUAUUUGAGUCUUUCUCCAAAUUACGCCGGACAACCAAGACCAAGGGGCAUAGUUAUCUACCUGGGCCCCCCGAUGUCAGCCGGUUGCGGAGAUGCAGGAAGCGCUGCCUUGAAGACCGAGGGCCCACAACUCCAUUUUCUCCACCUCCUCCUGCUGAUGUCACCUGCUUUCCGGUGGAAGAGGCCUCUGCACCUGCCACUUUGCCUGCCUCCCCAUCUGGGAGGCUGGAGCCUGGCCUUAGCAGCCCCUUCUCAGACCUUCUGAGCCCUGUUGGUGCCCAGGCUGAUGAAGCAGGCUGUAGUACGCAACCCUCUCCAGAGCAGCAAACUUCCCCUCUUGAGCCUCGACCUAUCUCUCCCUCAGCCUACAUGCUGCGCCUGCCCCCGCCUGCUGGAGCCUACAUCCAGAAUGAGCACAGCUACCAGGUGGGCAGUGCCCUUCUCUGGAAGCGGAGGGCUGAAGCGGCCCUAGAUGCACUGGACAAGGCCCAGCGCCAGUUGCAGGCUUGCAAGCGGAGGGAGCAGAGGCUGAGACUACGGCUGACCAAGCUGCAGCAGGAGCGUGCACGAGAGAAGCGGGCGCAGGCAGAUGCCCGCCAGACUUUGAAGGAGCAUGUGCAGGACUUUGCUAUGCAACUGAGCAACAGUAUGGCCUGAGGGAAUGGCUAUCAUGAAGGCUUCAGCCUGUUUCUCCCUCAAAAUCUGCUAGUGAGCACCUGAUGUGAACUGAAUCCACCAGACCACUAAAUAGCACAAUAAAGUGGAUUCUAGAUGGUU